AUGUCCACAGAGGAAGUGAUGCUCAGGAAGAGAGUCGAGGAAUGGGAUGCCAAAGGAGAUAAGAAAAGCGACUUCAUCUCGAUUGAGACAAGCAGCAGCCGCUGCGAUCGUAUCGCGAGGAUAUCACAGGCCUUUCAAGAAAGGCAACUAAGAUGGUUCGGACACAUUCUCCGUCAUAUUCCCAAUGAACUUAACUAUGCUGCCCUCGACCCGGCACCGCAACCCGCCUUGAAGAGUCGAAGAGGUGGGCAACUGAAGACUUUGCGCGACACCGUCCGUAAGGAAAUGGAAGCAGUCCUUGGACCUUCUAUCUUCGGUCUCUGUCACUGGAGAAAAGACUGGGAACCCACUUUGUACGCCAUCAAAGCCAUUCUAAUCUUGGACAGUGACGGGAAACGAAUUCUAGCCAAGUAUUACGACAACACAUUCCCGACGUUAAAGGCUCAGUUAGAUUUCGAGAAGAAGCUCUUUAGCAAGACAAACAAAACUUCUUAUGCUGAAAUAACUUUGUUCGAGGGCGCAAACUGUGUUCAUAGAAGUUCAUCUGACGUCUUCUUUUAUGUAAUUGGCGACGCCAAUGAGAACGAGCUUAUAUUAAUGAGUGCCCUUACUUGUCUUCACGACUCUAUUAGUCAUAUUCUGAGAGGUAACAUCGAGAAAAGACCCUUAAUGGACAACCUGGACCUCGUCUUCCUAGCUGUUGAUGAGCUAUGCGAUGGAGGAAUUAUUUUGGAGUGUGAUUCUACCGCUUUGGCUUCUCGUGUUGGAUUUAAGAGCGAGGAUAUGUCUAUCAGCGAGCAGACUAUGAGUCAAGCCCUGCAGGCAGCCAAGGAGCAACUUAAAAUGUCUCUUUUACGGUGA